AUGGAUAAAACUGCAGUCACAAGGACAGUCAGCAUUGGGGGAAUUUCCAGAGUAACCAGAGCUAAAGAGGACUUCUCUGCAGGACGCAGGCACAGCAGCGCAGGGGUCCGCGCCCUCUUGUGGGCCACCAGCAGUGCAAAGUCACUUGGGUGCUCUCUUGGCUCAGACUCUCAGAUAAGCCGGGAGAACAUUUAUCCAAAUAUCCUGACACCUGACAGCAUCCCACAGUUUACCAUACCAAGUCUAUCUGUGCAGAACAGCUCAAGAUCAUCGGACAAAGAGAAAGAGGAGGAUCUCGCAGAGCCAGAAGAAGGCUUGGGCAGUUCUUUGACAGAACAGGGGACGUCUUUUUCCUCCUCCUCCUCUUCGUCCUCCAGGCUCUCUUCUUCCACAUCAUGCAAAGGCAUCGGUCUGGCUCUGUCAGAGCGCAGGGCUGAGCGCAGCGUCUCUGACCCUUUAAACCAGAGGAGAUCUCAUCCCUCCUUCCACGCCGAGGCCCAGCACUGCCUGGAUCCCGCCAGCAGAGCCGCACUCUCCUUGCCGCACCUCACUAAAGUCACCACCCCAUAUGGCUUCAUCACCCUGAGCCAGAGCCCGCAGAUGGUGAGCGAGGAGGCUCUUCUUUGUCAAAGCGGGGUGCGACGUUUGAACAAGGACGAGGAGACAGCGUGUCGUCUGAGGAAGGCUUCUGUGACAGGGACAUUAGACAACAAAAACAACUCCCCACACCUGUUUGGAAACCAGAAGAGACUCUCUGAAGAAUCAAAUAACUCUCAGAGUAAACGUGGAGUAGAAGAGAUGAAAGGGUCUUCAUCAAACCGUACUGAUGCUGCCACAAUUUCAUCGAAUACACAAAGACAGCGUGAUGGCAAACUUAAACAACGCCUUUGUAAUAUUAUACGGAAACACUUCACAUCCCAACAUUUGGACUAA